CUUUUUUUACUCCAAUGGAAAAUAGGCUAUUUCUCAAAAGGAAUAUUGCAAACACGACGAUAUGAUUAUUUGGAUUUCUUUAAUUGAGCAGAAAAACAGCGAGAUACAUCAUGAAUACAAGUAGUUUGAAAAGCGAAAUGAAGAAAUUCCAUCAUAUGACUUGCUUUUCUUCCUUUUUCCUUCUUUGUUGGCAUUCCUUCAUCGGUGGCAUUUGAUGCAUAAAGACAUUCUCAAAGUUGUACUUAUAGGCGAUGGUGGCGUAGGCAAAACCAGUUUGCGUAAUCAGUUUAUUCACAAACGAUUUACGAAUGCUUAUAAAGCAACCAUCGGAGCGGAUUUUAUAACUAAAGAAGUUGAAACCGAUAGUGGGAAGAAAGUGAUGAUGCAAAUUUGGGAUACAGCCGGUCAAGAGCGGUUUCAAUCCUUGGGCGUGGCGUAUUAUCGUGGCGCUGAUGCAUGUGUCCUGGUUUACGAUGUGAAUAAUUUUCUAUCCUUUCAGCACUUGGAACGUUGGCUGGCUGAUUUUUUGAAGCAAUCAUCAUUACCUUUGGAGGAAGCUCGAAAUUUCCCAAUUCUCAUUGUCGGCAAUAAAAUCGACAUUGAUGAUCGCGUGGUGUCACGGAGACAAGCCCGAGCAUUUGCCGAGCAACAUUCGAGUGACAAAAUGCAGAUUCCCUGUUUUGAAGCCAGUGCCAAAGAUGGUACUGGUGUGGAAAAAGCAUUCAAACAUUUGGCGAUGAUGGUCAAAGUACCGCAACUGGAGUUGGACCUGAACGAUAAUAAUAAUACCCUGCACUUGACACAAAACGAAUCUCGAUCCUCAUACAAAUACGGCUCUUCCACUUGUUGCUAGAUAUUGAUUUUGUAUUUUUAUUGAUUUGAUCUUUAUUUACCUUCUCACCCAAACCCCCCUUUUUUUGUGUGCACCAAUGAAAAUAAACCAUAGCAACAUAUCGACAGUUGCCAAAACAUUCAUCAAUGGUAACUAGUUUUGCAAUGACAUCAAAAA